AUGAACUUAAGAUUAGAUAUAGACGUUCAAAAGCUCGAAAAUGAGAAACUAAGAAAAGGGAAAAAUAAGGUCGAAGAGGAGUUGGAUAGUUUGAAGACAGAUUAUAAAAAGUUACGACUGUCAAUGAAAACUACCGAGUUGGGAAAAACUUCAGAACAGUGGCGAGCAAAAAUUCGAGGAGAAAAGGACAAAGCCGAUAGAUGGGAACGAAAAUUCCAAGAGAUGCAGAGGCGAAAUGAGAAUUUAGAAAAGAGUUUGUCGGAUAGCCAAAGAGAAAAAGGUGAAUUAAAGGAUAGGGUGACUGAGUUGGAAAGAUCUCUUCGUCAGUAUCAAAAUCGAAAUUCCGCAAUAGAGUUGAGAGCAAGCUUUGGCAAGAUUGAGGAAAUGAAGGAAAGAAUAGAAGAGCUAGAAACGGCAUUGCAAAAUUGUGAGAUCCGGAUCAAGUAUUUGGAAGCAAGUGAAAGUCGUAAUAAUGAGCAGCCCCACUACUUUCAAAAUCAAGUUAGGAGCAGAGAUCAUAUUAUGGAGGAAGCUGUGGUCCAGAUUCGAGAAGUAGCUGAUCACAUACAAACUUUGGCAGUACAGGCUAACAUGCUGAGUGUGAAGUAUGAAUUAGAAUCAGAUCGGAGGCAAGAGUUAGCUUUGUUACUUAGGAAGAUUAGAAUUCUGAGUAAUAGGGCAAAGCUUUAUUUGUAA